AUGCCAAUUGAACAAUCCAUGCCCCUAACAAUGGGCUUCCAGACAUGCUCGCCAAAGCCAAUGAAAAUCACCUGCCUGACCAUUGGCACCAGGGGUGAUGUCCAGCCGUACAUAGCCCUCUGCCAAAGAUUGAACGAGCUCGGCCAUCUCUGCACUAUUGCCACUCACAAAAAUUUCCGCGAUUGGAUUGAAAGCAGUGGGAUUCUGUUUGCUGAAGUUGAAGGAGAUCCUGAAGAGCUAAUAGAGCAUUGCGUAGAAUAUGGUGUUUUGUCGCCUUUCUUUUGGUGGAAUGGUCUCUCACGCUUCAAUCCUUGGUUUGAUGGACUCCUCACAAGCUCCUGGAAAGCCUGUCAAGGCAGCGAUCUGCUCAUCGAAAGUCCCAGCGCCCUAAUUGGGGUCCACAUCGCACAGAGCCUCAACAUUCCGUACUACCGAGCUUUCACAAUGCCUUGGACCAAGACUGGCGCAUACUUCCAUGCUAUGCUGGCGAUGAGCGAUAAUUGGGGAAGCUGGAUCAAUAGGAUGAGUUACAUCCUCUUUGAUCUACUUAUUUGGGCUAUCCUUUCCACAAGAAUCAACGCCUGGAGGCAAUCAGUUCUGGGAUUAGAUCCAACAACCUUCUCUCAACUAAGACUUGAUCAAGUACCCUUUCUUUAUAACUUCAGUUCAUUUGUCGUUCCGAGACCAGAUGAUUGGAAGCCGUGGGUGAAAACGACCGGAUAUUGGUUUCUGAACUCCCAAGAAAAUGCGACAUCAGAAAAGUAUCCAGAAAACAGCAUCCCUGAAGACCUGAGAAAAGUGAUACAUCAAGUCAAAGAAAGUCGACGCAAAAUUGUUAUUGUUCCAGACCCGGAAGGAAUGAUGAACGCUAUAAUCGAAGCGGUGAAAGAGGCGAACGUCUUUGCCAUUGUCUCUGGAGGCUGGACAGCGCAACACGCAGACCGGAUACACGAGUCGUCGGCCAUGAGGGCAUAUAUACACCAGCACCUCGAUUCCAUGUACUACGUGGACUCGGUUCCGCAUGGAUGGCUUUUCGAGCAGAUCGAUGCCGCCCUUCAUCAUGGAGGCGCAGGGACAACAGCUGCGAGCAUUAGAGCUGGAAUCCCAACGAUGAUUAAGCCUUUCUUUGGGGAUCAAAGUUUCUGGGCUCGAAGGGUCGAGCAUUUGGGCGUUGGGACCCAUGUGAAAACGUUUGAAAAACACGACAUCCUUCGCGCUAUUCGCCGGGCGACUACGGACGAAGAUCAGAUCAAUCAGGCAAGACUCCUCGGUGGACAGAUUAGACGCGAAAACGGGGUGGAUAAUGCAGUCAAAGCCAUCUACGAGUAUCUGGACUACUCGCAAUGCCUCAUUGAAACGACCCGCUCAUUGACCUCACCAUCGCAACCCAAUCAAUUAUCUCAAGUCGCAACAGCUUUAAAAUCGAAAAUUUCGAGCUCAGUAGAAGCUGUUUAUUUUUAUCGCCCUACGACGGCUCAAAGAAGGACUGAUGAUGGUGUUUACAGCUCCCUGGUUUAG